ACGUGUAACGCGUGUGUUCUUCACACGUCCGGUAAUUCGCUUAAAACACGCACAAACCUAACACGCCUCGUCCGUGCCAAAACACUCUCACACACACGCACACUAAGCACGCUCGAGCCUCCACACACGAGCGAAACCCUAGCUCUCGCACGCGAACACAAAAUCUCGCACACGCGCCUCCGCUUCUCUCUCUCAGUCUCGCCGGACCAUCCCCGUACAAUCCGGAACAGCUGAAAUUCCUCGGAUUUCUCCGCAAGGUACUGGAAAACCACCGUGUACUUAUCCGGAGCUACUCUGGCUAUAGGGAUGUUCUGGUGAAGUUAGGCUUUCACGAGGUAGCUAUGGUCUGUUGUCUGCAACUUAGGUAGAAAAUGCCUAUAGAUAUAAUGCCCUGCAGUAUUGUUUAAAUCCUACUGCUGCGGUUUCUUUGGAAAAAUCUGUGCGUUUAAUCUUCGUGUGUACUUGAGUGGCGAUGGUUGCAUUUGUAUAGGGAAUGUUUGACUGGUAAGUGUUAGUUUGAGUCGGGAUUUGGGCAACAGAGAGAGAGUUAAUGGCAACAGAUAUGCAUAAAUUGAUAGGAACAAGUGAAGAAGAUGAUGAAGAGGAAAUGGACAUGGAUACGGAUGUUAAAGGAGAAGAUGAUGAAGUAAACAAAGAGAAGUACAAUGCCAUGCGUGUGAUGACGGGAAUUGGUGGAGGGAUAGUAUCGAACGAUAGUAAUGAUCAGUUUCCACAUCAUCAGCAUAUUGAAGAGCAGGUUAGCACUCCAGGAGGAGGAGCUAGGAGGAGUAGACCACUUGAAGAAAAGGAGAGGACAAAAUUAAGAGAGCGACAUCGAAGGGCAAUCACUGCAAGGAUCUUGGCCGGGCUAAGGCGGCAUGGGAACUAUAAUCUUAGGGUUAGAGCUGAUAUCAACGAUGUCAUUGCUGCUUUGGCAAGGGAAGCUGGCUGGGUUGUUCUACCAGAUGGAACCACCUUUCCUUCAAGAUCUCAGGGCUCAAGGCCUGUGGGUGUUACUUCUGCGACAGCAAAUACAUCUUCCCAUUUGGCGUCACCACAGACUCCAUCUGCUGUUUCCCUUAAGGUUGCCUCUCCUAGUUAUCGGACCUCAGUUGAGUACAAUUCAUGUCGAUUGAAAGGUGUUUUUAUGCCCACUCCGUCGCCUUAUGAUCUCUCCACAAGCAGUCAGUCUCCAACUUCAGUGAUGUUGGGGGAUGGAGGAGUACAAACUGAGAACCAUCAUCUCAUUGGUGGGUCCUUGGAUGAAAUCACCGACAAGCAGAUAACUGCCAUACCUCCGAAGUUAUCAGAGCGAGAUUUUGCUGGUACUCCAUUUAUUCCGGUUUAUGUGAUGCUGCCUUUGGGUGUCAUAAAUAUGAAGUGUGAACUAGCGGAUCCAGACGGUCUGUUAAAGCAACUCAGGGUAUUAAAGUCUGCUCAUGUUGAUGGUGUAAUUGUUGACUGCUGGUGGGGAAUAGUGGAGGCACAUGCUCCACAGGAGUAUAAUUGGAAUGGAUACAAGAGGCUGUUUCAGAUGGUUUUUGAGCUUAAGCUUAAGUUACAGGUUGUCAUGUCAUUUCACGAAUGUGGAGGCAAUGUUGGUGAUGAUGUUUGCAUCCCUUUGCCACAUUGGGUUGCUGAAAUUGGUCGAAGUAAUCCUGACAUUUUUUUCACAGAUAGAGAAGGAAGACGCAACUCAGAAUGUCUCACAUGGGGAAUCGACAGAGAACGGGUGUUAAGAGGGCGAACUGCUCUGGAGGUAUAUUUUGACUUCAUGAGAAGCUGCCGGGUAGAAUUUGACGAGUUCUUUGAAGAAGGUCUCAUCACCAUGGUUGAAGUUGGACUUGGUCCUUGUGGCGAGUUACGAUACCCAUCUUGUCCUGUAAAGCAUGGUUGGAGGUAUCCUGGCAUUGGCGAAUUUCAGUGUUAUGAUCAGUAUUUGCUAAAAAGCAUGCGGAAGACAGCAGAAGCAAGGGGCCAACCAUUUUGGGCUAGAGGACCAGAAAAUGCUGGCUCCUAUAAUUCUCAACCUCACGAAACUGGGUUUUUCUGUGACGGAGGGGAUUAUGAUGGCUACUACGGCAGGUUCUUCCUUAAUUGGUAUUCUCGGAUUUUAAUUGAACAUGGUGAUCGGGUGCUUUCUCUGGCAAAAUUGGCUUUUGAAGGCACCCAAAUUGCUGCAAAACUAUCAGGUAUUUACUGGUGGUACAAGACGGCCAGUCAUGCUGCUGAAUUAACUGCUGGAUUCUACAAUUCAUGCAAUUGUGAUGGUUAUGCUGCAAUUGCAACAAUGACACAGAAACAUGGAGCUGCUUUAAACUUCUCAUGUCCCGAAUUGCAAAUGUUUGACCAGCAAGGGGACUUUGCUGAGGCACUCGGCGAUCCCAAUGGAUUACUGUGGCAAGUUUUAAAUGCGGCUUGGGAUGCCAACGCACUGGUCGCUAGUGAGAAUGCUCUUCCAUGCCAUGAUAGAGUUGGCUAUAACAAGAUUUUAGAUAAUGCUAAACCAUUGAAUAAUCCAGAUGGAAGGCAUUUGUUGUCCUUUGCUUACCUUAGACUCUGCCCUCUUCUCAUGGAAAGACACAACUUCAUGGAGUUUGAACGUUUUGUCAAGAGAAUGCACGGGGAAGCAGUUGCCGAUCUCUAGUAUAGCUGCAAGACGUCCAUUUGGAUUGCGCAUUAGUUCCGCCCAAUGUAGCUGGGGUAAGAUGUUGAUAAUUAGAAGUUAGUUGAAUUAAUCAACUCAACCUUGAUUCACUGCAAUCCUGAAAUGGUCAGGAUUAUCACCAACAAUAUAAUUUAUCUCCUAUUAGUUCAAUUUAAGUAACACCUCUGUAAAUUAAACUUACAUACAGCAGAUAGGCUCCUCUAAUUAAGAUUCUCAAUAUGCCUGUUCAUCAACUUAGGUAGAACUUUUAGGCAGUAAAGAUAUCUUAUUGUUAAUGUACAAUUGAGAAAUUGAUGAUUAUUAAUGAGAGCAUAAAUUUUACAUUAUUCCAAUCAAAUUAUUAUUUUUAAUUUGAAUUUUUGUCAUAUUAAAGAAUGAUAUUUGCAGGCAUAAUUACAACUCAGGAAGAAUGUUUUUACAGUUUAUGAGGUUGAUUUCUUAAACACCAUGUGACCAGAGUCAUCCACCUCAAAAAUACGGUCUAUAAAAUUAUCCCAAUUGUCUUUUAAUUUUUUAAAUGACAACAAUGAAAUUCUUUCACUCGGGCUGCUAGAGGUUUCCCCCUCGUGUGUUUCAUGAAAAGUUCCAUAUGAGGAAGAUGAUGAGUAGGCUUGUGGAAUGUCCAAAGCAACAGCUCUUUGAAGGGCUGCCUCAUACUCUUCACUAUGUUCUCGUGCUAGCAACUCUUGCCGCUCCAUCCGCUGCUUCCUCGGAAUUCCCGUAAUAUGAUCUUCUUCCAGCAUCAACUGAAAUAAAAAUAAAAGUUUCAUUAUGCCUUAAUCUGCAAACAUAUGGUAUGACAUAUAGAAAGGCCAAAUGCAGACUAGCACAUUUUUGCAAUUUCAACACUUCUAAAAUUUGGCUUUAUAGAGCACUAACUAUCAUUUUUUUACAAUCCGAAACACCGUGCUAUAUCUAAUGAAAAAAUGUUGAUGCUGAUACCAAAAUAUAUAUUGAUUUAACAUCCACAUCAGGAUUAAAAUACUCGGUGUUCUAUAUUGUAAAGUAUAUUGGUUUAAAACUCGGAUUGUAAUUGCAAAACACGCUAAAGUUUAUAGUUCUCUUUUCACAGAUGUAUUCUAUAGUUUCUAGUGUCUCUAAUAUUAUGCGACCAACAAAGAACAAAUGGAGAUUUUAAUAUUUCAAUGAACACCCUAAGAAACCAGAUCACUUAUCCAAAGAUAGUCUCAGUUCAAACCAACCCUAGAGCUGCAAAGUCCUACAAAGAGCAAGGAACUUACAUCGAAAGCCCUCUGGCAUUCCCUCUCGAUCCAGAGAAUGGCAUGGUCCGAUGUUGCAUUGCAAGAAAGAACUAUGUGCUCAAAUCUUCCAUCCACAGGAACUGCUGUUCUUACAACAGGAGGAAAUCUUCCUAUCCUGCAGCCAAAUGAUGUAAGCGACGCGUCAGCAAUACGCCAAUAACAUCUACAAACCAUCUUUUCUUUUUAUCGAAUAUCACUGAUGUGUCGUGCAAUUUCUUGUAUUUGUAGCUUCCAUUUGUCAAAUGCAUUGUAGGUGUCCAUAUCAGCAUUCUUUUAAACGAAGGAUAUUUCACGGUUACAAAUUGAAAUAAAAGGACUUUGAGGGGAUAAAGACGAAAGUUCAAGGACUGUGGAUGGAAGUUACCCCAUACACAUGAUUUACAUGAUCAAGUAGAUUAAAAUUCUAGGUAAGUUAAUUUUGCAAAACAAAGACCUAACUCUUUAGCCAUCCUAAUUACCUGAAGGGCUUUCUCUCAACAACAUGGUAUAGGCGGCCAGGUGCAUAAAGCCUUCUUGGAUCUCUAAGCAUCUUCUCUUCAAGAGUGCAAGUAUCCUUCAAGCACAUUAGGCAUAGGAGACAAGGUAAAC